UACAAUUAGGUAAAACUUCAUUGUGUAGAAAUAAUUCAUCAAGCCGGGUACACUUAAAUGUUUUCUACAACAAGUUCUUAAGUUAGCUAUUUUAUAAUUAACGGGCAAAAUUUUCAUAAAGACUUCGCAAAAUUACACCAACAACUGAAUUGUCAAGACAGAUGAAAAGAUGUCUGCCUUUAUGCACCUCCUUCGCAACUUUUUCCCCAAGUGGUGUCUUCCACGUCCGGAAAAGCAUCUCAAGAACCACAUUUUCCGCCAGCUCCAGACGAACCACCCAACCGCCGCACUGGUGGCCAUCAAGCAGAGUGAACAAGUGCUGCCCAGGUGCAGGUUCAUGCAGUACCGCCGGGCCAAUGAGCAAGUGAAGCGACUGGGCAUGGUCUCCGAGGAUGGCAACAAGAUGGUGGAGCUAUCGAGCAUGACCUGCGCCGCCCCCAACAUGAUGGACUUCAUCCAGCAAAGGUACUGCAUGGUCAGCCUGUUGGACAGUGUGCAGUUCAUGAAGAUCGAGGAUGUGGACGCCGUCGAUCUCCGCCUGUUGCCGCCCAUCGAUUGUCCCGGCAAGAUCAUCGGCGUGGAUUGCAACUAUGUGGACAACUGCGAUGAGCAGCACAUCUCCAUCCCGCGGGAACCCAGUUUUCACGUCAAGUUCGCCUCCUCGAUAACCGGAGCUCUGGACAACAUUAGGGCGCAUAGUUUGGCCAAACACAUGGACUACGGCUGCCAGUUGGCCGUGGUUAUGGGCAAGAAGUGCCGUGAAGUGUCUGCCAAAGAGGCUCUGAAUCACGUAUUCGGAUUCAUGGUGGUCCAGGACAUCGUGGCUAGGGACUGGAAUGCUCCACUGGGCGGCCACUCAAUGGAUACUUUCCUGCCAUUGGGACCGACAAUUGUGCACAGGUGCCAUGUGCCAGACGUAAACAAUCUGUGGAUCAAGACAAGCAUCAAUGGCGAGGAGCGCCAGACGGGCAGCACCCGGAAUAUGAUUUUCAAGAUCGACUUCCUUAUUCACCGCCUAUCUCAGUACCUCACUCUCUGUCCGGGCGACAUCAUACUCACGGGAACACCCGCCGGAUCGGGUGCAUUCCGCCAUCCGUCGUGCUUUCUGAAGCCCGGCGAUCUCAUUGAGAGCGAAAUUCAAAAUCUGGGCAAAAUGUGCAAUAAAGUCGUUAAUUCUUAUUCUUAAGGAAAAUAUAUGUGUGCUGUCAAGUAAACAGACAAUCUGAAAAUCAAAAAAA